GUUGGCACAAAUUGUCAACUUUUAGAUGUCAUUCAGAUUUGUUGUCAUUUAAGGCUUUUUCAUACAAUUGAUGACAAUUAUGGUAAUGAUGUCUGUGUUAAGCAAAUGCAUAGCAUUUACAGCCAAACCAAUGCUUCCGAUGUUAUCUCACAAUAUCACCAAAAGACUGAUUUUCAGUCGCUUUUGCGACACUUUGGAUGUCAAGCAGUUGUGUCAAGACGUCAAGACAUCCGAUUUGAAUGCCAUGCUGUCAUCCACUGCAGUGUUAUUGCGGGACAUCUCAUACAUUGGUCUCAAUAAUACCCAUUACUUCACUCAACAAACUCUGCAGUUGUUUGCCAUUCAUCUCAAGUCCAUUGGCUUAACACAUGUCCACCACUUCAUCGACAACUCAAACGCCACUCAAAGCCGUCUUCAAUGGGACGACACGUCUGUUGAACACAGUUUUGAAAGCGUUUUACAGAACUAUAGCCAAAACAAUGUCUCCAAACGCCAUGUCUUGGAGUUUGUGUCGCAAGUGUUGACUGGAGUUCCCCUGAAGUGUCAAAAGCGACCGAAACUGGACUUCCGUUUGACUGAAAACGCAAACUAUUACUCGACUCCAGACGCGACUCUAUGUAGGGAUGAGACCAUUGUCUGCAAUGUUGUCGUCAAAGCCAUAGUCAUCGGCAGCGAACACAUGGCUUACGAUCGGCAAAGAUCUCAAACUAUCGGCGAUUCCAUUGCUUCCGCUUUACAUAACCGCAGGACUCGAAGAGUGCACCAAAACGCGGAUCAAAUGGUUUUCGCACUACUCGUCAGGUCUUAUAAAUUCAAUUUCUUCAGCGUUUACUUCAGACACAGAUAUCUGUCAAUACUUGAGGACCUGUUUAGUGAUGAGUCGGACGACUGUCACGACUGGGACAACAUAAACGAGACAAUAGUUGCCAACCAAUGGAAUAAUGGACUCGAAUUGGACUUCCGGUCACUCAGUGAUCGCCAACUGAUUGGCAAAUGUCUGGCAUUUAUGGCACACUUUGAU